CUAAGGUUUUGUUAUGUCUUCUACUUGAUCCUAGGUCUCUAUCCUGCUACCAGUGGAAAGGCCUAUGUUAACGGAUAUGACACCUCAAAACAGAUGGUCCAAAUCAGGAAAAGCUUGGGCUUUUGUCCCCAACAGAACUUGUUGUUUGAUUACUUGACCGUCUCAGAACACCUUUAUUUUUAUUGUUUGGUAAAAGGAAUACCUCGAAAGACACGUCUUGUGGAAAUUGAUCAUAUGUUGUCUACUUUUAACCUGCUAGAUAAGCAUAAUGCAUUUUCAUUUUCACUGAGUGGAGGAAUGAAGCGCAGACUCUCUGUGAUCAUAGCACUUAUAGGGGGCUCCCAGGUUGUGAUACUUGAUGAGCCAACAUCUGGAAUGGACCCACUCUCAAGGAGGGCCACCUGGGAUGUCCUUCAGCAGUAUAAAGAGGAUCAUACCAUCUUAUUGACCACCCACUACAUGGAUGAAGCUGACAUCUUGGGUGACCGCAUAGCCAUCAUGGUCAAAGGAUCCCUGCGGUGCUGUGGCUCUUCAGUUUUCCUGAAAAAAAUAUAUGGUCUCUUUCCCUUUGAUUAUUCUUUGGAUAUUGAUAUGUUAAUAUUCUUCAAACAUAAUCUUCAUGGAUAUUUAUUUCUUCAUAAUAUUAUAGUAUAAUUUCCCUAGUUUUUUGUCUAUCACCCCAAAACUUCUAUUU